AUGCUUGCAAUAUACGAACUCUCUCAAGUUAUGCCAGAAACCAAUGUUGAUGUUGUGGGAUCUACAAAACAGCGUGCUCCUUUCUUGGAUCCAAAGACCAUGUAUGGAGCACCAUACCUCAUUGCUGUGGUUAUUCUGAAAGUCACCAGUAAUUUGAUUACGAUGCGCCUGUCAUUGAGACCAUUCAUUAAAACUCCACUCCCAACCACUUCAGGCGCCUUCUACCGCUGCCCUGUCGAUUCCUCCAUCCACUGCCUGUCGAAGGAACUGAAUGCCGGAGCUUCAACCUCCAACUGGACCGACGACCCGAAUAAGAAGGCCCGAAGGCCCUACACCAUUACCAAGUCGUGGGAGAGCUGGACUGAUCCCGACCACGACAAGUUCCUUGAAGCCCUCCAGCUGUGA